UCAUUCAACAUGGUUUGAGAUCAGCCAUGCCGAAAGAGAAGACUUCCAAGAAUGUCCAUUGCGAUAUACGUUUCGACAACAAUCCAAAUGGAAUCUUUAAAGCUGGAGACCGAGUAUCUGGAUCAGUGACACUAACAUUAACUCAGCUGAAAAAAGUUAGAGGCGUACGCUUUCUGGUCACCGGCUUUGCUGAUACGUUUUGGAUAGAUAAAGUACCGCAUGGCCCAAAGAAUAAAAAGACGAAAGCUCACUUCAAAGGACAUGAAGAUUUUAUACUACAGAAAUCUUACUUCGUGGGAUCGGAUACGGGAAAUUCGAUAGAUUUACCGACUGGAGCACAGUAUCACUAUUUCCAGUUCGACAUACCAGCUACGGCACCAACUUCAAUGGAAGGAAAGCACGGUCAUGUGAGAUAUUCUGUCAAAGUUUCCUUGGAACGCCCGUGGAAGUACGAUCAUAAUUUCCAGUUGCCAUUCACUGUUCUGGCCAAGGCUGAGCUGGACAACACUAAUUUGGCAUUAAAGAAUCCUUUCAAAGCUCAAGAUCAACUACGGUUCUACUGUUGGAUUUGCCGUUCGAAUCCGUUGAUGGUAACAGCGACAGUAGCUAGAACCGGUUUCAUCCCGGGAGACACUAUUCCGUUGGUUAUUGAAGUAAAUAACCUUAGUAAAGAGGAGGUUUCUGAAAUUGUUAUAAAGUUUCAAAAAGUCGUGAAAUUUAUAAGUCAGGUUCAGCUUAUAGAACAAACCCAAGUUAUCGCUGAAAAUCAGUUAGUGAAAUAUGAAAUGUUGGAGAUACAAAAGACGCCUAGACCAGUUGCUAAACUGUCCAAUGACACUUUCGAGCAGAAAUUCCUAGUGGGACCAGUUACGCCAACAGAAGAUCGAAUUUGUAAAAUUAUCAAAAUUGGUUACGAACUUAAUAUUUUAGUGAAACCAAAACUCUCGACACAGAAAAUGGAGAUGGUUAUUCCGAUUGUCAUAGGAUCUGCAGGCAUGAAAACAGAAGAAGCGAUAUCGUUUGUUAGGUCUACUGGUAUUGACAAACUUACUGCUGGAUUGGAUAGAGGUCCUCCGACAGCUCCACCACCUCCCUAUCACGAGGAUCAGAGUAAUUUGUAUCCAAUCAGUUCAUUGCAGCAAGCCUACGAGUUAGAUGGCGAUGAAAACGAUGGUAGAUAAAGAUCGAGCUAAAAUUGGUGAUUUUGAACAGUUUUUGACUAUUUUGAACAUGUGUUACUUUCUACAGCAUUGUCUGAAAACAUUGUACCUUCAAACUAAAAUUGAAAAAAAAUAUUUGAAUUAGAAUUAAAACGUACGUUGACCUGUAUGAACUAUAUUUAUGAGUUGGUAAAAUUUGAUUCUCCGUUUAUCAUAAC